AUGUUACGCGAGUACCUUCUUCUGCCACUGCUGGCAUCAUAUGCAGCAGCUGUGCAGAUCUCGGUAGCUAAGUCUGGAGGCAAUGUUACGACUAACUUGCAGUAUGGUGCGAUGGAGGAGGAGAUCAACCACUGCGGCGAAGGUGGUCUAUAUGCGGAGUUGAUUCGCAAUCGAGCUUUUCAGGGCAGCACAACAUAUCCAUCCAGCCUGGAUGCUUGGUCAGCUGUUGGGGACUCGAGUUUGUCUCUCCAGAACUUGAGCAAUCCUCUUUCUUCGGCGUUGCCUACCUCUGUUCGAGUCAAAGGAAAAGGCACCUCUGGCUUCAGUAACUCAGGCUUCUGGGGAAUCGAUGUUCGACCGCAGAAAUAUUCAGGAUCAUUCUAUGUCAAGGGAUCUUACAGUGGUGCUUUUACUGCUUAUCUCAAGUCCGCGACGACUGGAGAAGUAUGGGCAAGCGCCAAGGUGUCUUCAAAGAGUGUUGCCAAGGAAUGGGUGCAGCAUGAGUUUGUUCUCACACCAUCGAAGAAAGCCCCAAACUCCAACAAUACGUUUUCGCUAACCUUUGAUGCGUCGAAAGCAUCUGGCGGCUCGCUAGACUUCAACUUGAUCAGCCUCUUCCCGCCAACUUGGAAUGAUCGCCCAAAUGGAAUGCGACGGGACCUCAUGCAGGCAUUAAGCGACUUGGGGCCGAAAUUCCUACGAUUCCCCGGUGGCAACAACCUUGAGGGAGACACCAUCGACGGUCGAUGGAAGUGGAAUGAGACAAUCGGACCGCUCAAGGACCGACCUGGUCGCGCCACGACUUGGCAAUACCAAGAGACUAGCGGCAUGGGCUUGGUUGAAUACAUGGAGUGGUGUGAUGACCUCAACAUGGAACCAAUUCUUGCUGUAUGGGCCGGUCUGGCUCUGAAUGGAGAUGUAAUUGCCGAGGAAGACCUUGAUUUCUACGUGCAAGAUGCUUUGCAUGAGAUUGAGUUCUUGACUGGCUCUGUUGAUACCGAGUAUGGUGCCUUGCGCGCGAAGUAUGGCCACCCAGACCCGUGGGUCAUCCGAUAUAUCGAGGUUGGGAACGAAGACAAUCUCAACAGUGGUCUAAGCUCGUAUGAGUCCUACCGGUUUGCGGCGUUUUACGAUGCAAUCACCGAGAAGUAUCCCGAUAUCCAGGUCCUCGCAUCAACUGUCGCAAUGACUCUUCCAGGCACGGCUGGUGGUGACUACCAUUUAUACGAUAUUCCGGAUAACUUCAUCACUAAAUUCGAUAUGUUCGAUAGCUACAGCACUGAGCAUCCUAUUCUCCUUGGUGAAAUUGCUGCGACCGAGUGGAACAACGGAGUUGGCAUCGACUGGAGUGAUACUCACUUUUCUCUCUAUCCUUGGUGGCUCGCCUCGGUUGCCGAGGCCGUUUUCCUUCUGGGUGCUGAACGCAAUGCGGACAAGAUCAUUGGAACUACUUAUGCUCCAUUCUUGAUGAACCUCGAUAACUACGAAUGGUCCCCGACUAUGAUCUCAUUCAACGCCGACCCCGAUGAUACUGCGCGGUCUACUAGUUGGCACGUCUACAAUCUUUUCAAUAAGAACCACAUGACCAACACUCUGCCGGCAUCUUCAAAUAGCAGCUUUGGUCCACUUUACUAUGUCGCUGGUCUGGAUGACAAGACAGACUCGCGUAUCUUCAAAGCGGCUGUCUACAACAGCACUGCGGACGUUCCCGUGUCAUUGACCUUCGAGGGUAUUGGGCGGGGCGCGACUGCGGACUUGACCGUCCUCACCGCGCCAAGUGGCUUCUCGAUGAAUGAAGUUGGCGCUGCCAACGUGGUCCAAAGUAAGACAACGAAGAUCAAGGCUGGCAAACAAGGUGUAUUCAGCUUCAAGCUGCCGAACCUGAGUGUUGCAGUUCUGACAACCAACUGA